AUGCGGAUCGACCGGAUAGUUGCGGUCUUGCUGCAAAUGCUGAUGGCCCAGCAUGUCUCGGCGAUUGCCUUCAACACACAAGAUCAGAACCUGAUCAAGGAAGCCGCGAGCACCACGGCAUACUCCAUGAUGAGAUACUACCACGGAAACGAGACUGGAGGAUGGCCGGGCGCGUUCACCUUCAGUUGGUGGGAGGGCGCUGCACUAUGCAACGCGCUCCUGAACUACUGGCAUUUCACCGGAGAUGACACCUACAAUGACGAACUGAGCAUUGCCUUGCAGUGGCAAGGAGGCUCAAACGGAGACUACUUGCCCCAGAAUUUCAGCCAGUACGCUGGAAACGACGAUCAAGUGCAAUGGGCAUCUGCGGCGAUGACCGCUGCCGAGUACAAGCUCCCCGAUCGCCCGUCGGGGUUCUCCUGGCUCGCCCUCGCACAGGGCGUUUACAACAACCAAAAGAACAACCCGUCGGGUUGGGACCCGAGCACGUGUGGUGGUGGUAUCCGCUGGCAAAAACAGCCUUUCCAGUCCGGGUACACCUUGCGGAACGCGAUUUCCAACGGCGGAUUCUUCCAGCUUGCUGCACGUCUGGCGCUCUAUACCGGCGAUGCGUCUUACACCGACUGGGCUAUUAAAUCUUAUAAUUGGUCUGAAUCGCACGGGUUGGUCAACAACGUAACCUGGAAGGUCAAUGAUAGUACCGAUGGAGCUAAUGGCUGCACGACGCGGGACUACACCGACUGGACAUACAACUACGGUGUCUUCAUUAAUGGCUGUGCUUACAUGUAUGAGUUUACAAAAGACCAAAUAUGGCUCGACAGACUGAACGGUUUACUCAAUAAGUCCUGGGAACUUUUCUUCACGGCCAGAACCAACUACGCCGCCUCCGACGCCGUCUGCGAGAUCAAAGACAACUGCGACCGAAACGGCAUGCUUUUCAAGGGUCUCAUGGUGAUGUGGCUCGCGAACGUUGCGCUUCUGGUCCCCUCCACCUACUCUACCAUCUUGUCCAAGCUGCAGUCCUCCGCCUCGGGCGCUGCCUCGACCUGUACCGGGCUCGGCAACAACACUUGCGGCGUGCGCUGGUAUGGCGGAGAAUGGGACGGUAAAAUUGGUAUGGAGGAGGACAUCAGUGCCACGAACGUGUUCAGCGUGGCCAUGCUGCCCUUCGUCAAUAAGGAUACCGCGAAGCCUGUCUCGUCCUCGACCGGAGGUGACAGCAAGAGUGACCCAAAUGCUGGCCAGGGUCAAGAUACCGGCAACGUGGUGCUCGCUCCUAUUACGACGGGAGAUAAGGCCGGCGCCGGUAUCCUAACUGUGGUGUUUGUUGGGGCCGUGAUUGGAGCUAUUGUCUUCAUGUUCACAGGUGCCUAA